AAUUAUUUAAUUUAAAUUCCAUAACACGAAAGAACCAACCAUAGAUUAUCCCACCAUUGAAUUCAUUUAAUAAUAACGUCCGCGCCAUUGAAUAAAAAGCGGCAGUGACUAUAGCGUUGUGAAGAACUGCUUGCUCUUCUUAUAGCAAAAUGGCAAAAAAGAGGGUGGAAAAAAGUGAUAGUGAAGAGGAAGAGUACUCUGUUGAAAAAAUUAUUGACCGAAGAGUUGUUAAUGGCAAAGUGGAAUAUUUUUUAAAAUGGAAAGGUUAUGACAAUGCUGAUAAUACUUGGGAGCCGGAAGACAAUUUGGACUGUCCUGAGUUAAUAGCAGCUUUUGAAAAGAAUCGUAAAGCUAAAGGAAAAGCAGAUGAUGAAUCUUCUAAGGACAAGAAGAGAAGACGAAGCAAUUCUGAAUCCUCAGAUAAAUCUGACGAAUCAGAAGUAAAAAAAAAGAAUGAGAAAAAAAAGGCUACUCCAGAAUCAGAAGAUGAUGGAAAAAAGAGAAAUAAAAAAAACAAAGUAGAUUCUGAUUCAGAAGAUGAAGGGAAGAAGAAAUUGAAGAAAACUGUAGAAAAAAAAGUGGAUUCAGAAUCUGAGGAUGAUAAAAAGGGUAAAAAAACUAAAAAAGGUAAAUCAGUAGAAGUAAUUGAAUCUGAAACAGACAAAAAGUCUAAAAAGACUGAAUCUAAGAAAGAUGAUGACUCUUCCAAAAAAAGAAAUAAGGUUGCCAAAAAUGAUAAGGAUGAAAAGAAAAAAGUUUUAACAGAUUCUGAUUCUUCAGUUGAUGAUAAAGUGAAUAGGAAAAGAACAAAGAAAACUGAAUUGAAGAAAGUAAGUAAAAAACAAGUUGAACAAUCAGAUUCGUCUGAUGAUGAAAAAAGCAAAGCAAAGAAGACAGAAAAAAAAACUGAUAAAAAAAAUGAUAGGUCAAGUAAUAAAGAAAAAACAGGUUUUGAUAAAGGUUUAGAAGCUGAAAAAAUUAUUGGAGCCUCAGACACUACAGGACAACUCAUGUUUCUCAUUAAAUUCAAGGACUCUGACGACACAGACCUGGUUCCUGCAAAAAUAGCUAAUGUUAAAUGCCCCCAAGUUGUAAUCCAAUUUUAUGAAGAAAGAUUGGCCUGGCAUUCCCCUGAUGACUGAAUCUCUAAAAUUGUCAUCAAAAUAGAUUUAAAGGACAUAUUGAUGUUUUUGUUCUUUUGUCAGUAAGUUAUGAAUUCAUACUGAUGAUUUUCAAAGUUAAAUUUAUAUUUUUGUAGUAUUACAUUAAGUUCAGAAUUAUCAAUUUACUUGAAAAUAGAUUUUAUGUGAAACUUUAAUAUAAUUGAAGUAAUCUUA